UUAUAUGUCAUUUAUCAUUUCAUGAUGAAUAAAAUAAUAGCCACUAUUCAAAUUUUAGUUUUGCUACAGUCAUGUCUUUAGUAGUUACAAACGUGUGUAAUGGCUGUCACUAAAAGAAAUAUAAUCUCUUGUUGUGUAGCUCCUCCUACUGGUCCAUAUAGUCACGCAGUCUUGGCCGAUAACGUGGUGUAUGUCUCUGGAACUUUUGGUAUUGACCGUAGAACGGGGGAAUUUGUCUGUGGUGGAACAGGGGAAGAAUUUCGACAGGCUUUAAGAAACAUGAGAACGGUUUUAAAAGAAGCCGGAUCCGAUUUUGACAAAGUGGUCAAAGUAAACAUUAUAUUGCGGAACAUGAAGGACCUGUGUAUUAUUAAUAAUAUAUAUAAGGAAUAUUUUUACGAAUUGCCAUACCCUGCAAGAACUAUCCAUCAAGGUAAAUUACCAAUGUCUGCAGCAGUCGAAAUUGAAGCUGUAGCCUUAUCUGGACCAGUUGAUUUGGGUGAAUAAUUACUUUUUUAAUUCA